GGCCCUGGGCCAGCACCAUUCACACUUUCCCCCUGUUUUGUGGCAGAAGAACUGUGUGCCUCUAAGCUUUGUGUUCUUGCUCCCCUACCUCUCUACAACCCUUCUCCGAGGGAGGAAUAGCUUAUAGCUUUGGGGAUAAUAUAGCUUUAAGGAAAUUUUUGGCAGAUGCGGAUGUCCUCACAUCUGGGCAGUGUUAACAGAAUCCCGGAGGCCCGGACAGACCAAGAGUCACUCAUUCUAGGAAUGUUAAAAUAGAAGUUUUUCCGACUGAUGUGAGGAGCAGAGAGGAAGGAGAAAAAGAAGGAGAAAGAAAGAGAGCACAAAACAUAUAAAACAGAUCCUGCAUUUCUGCUACUUCUCACUUUUGGAAGUUCACUGAUGGCUGAUUUCUGAAAGAUAUUUUCCUUUUCCUUGGUGUUUCUGGCCACAUAUACCCAUUUCUUAUCUCCCUAACCUCCCCUCAUCCCAACUCCUUUCAAAGAUGGCUGGUCAACUAACCCAAAGAGGAGCUCUAUCUCUCCUGCUCUUUCUCACUCCAGCAGUGACAUCAACAUGGUACGCAGGUUCAGGCUACUACCCAGAUGAAAGCUACAAUGAAGUAUAUGCUGAAGAGGUCCCACGGGCCCCUGCCCUAGACUACCGAGUCCCCCGGUGGUGUUAUACAUUGAAUAUCCAGGAUGGAGAAGCCACAUGCUACUCUCCAAGGGGAGGAAAUUAUCACAGCAGCCUGGGAACUCGUUGUGAGCUCUCCUGCGACCGGGGCUUUCGACUGAUUGGACGAAGGUCGGUGCAAUGCCUGCCAAGCCGCCGUUGGUCUGGAACUGCCUACUGCAGGCAGAUGAGAUGCCACGUGCUGCCAUUCAUCACUAGUGGCACUUAUACCUGCACGAAUGGGGUGCUUCUUGACUCCCGCUGUGACUACAGCUGUGCCAGUGGCUACCACUUGGAAGGUGAUCGCAGCCGAAUCUGCAUGGAAGAUGGGCGAUGGAGUGGAGGCGAUCCCGUAUGUGUAGACCUAGAUCCGCCCAAGAUCCGUUGUCCCCACUCACGGGAGAAGAUGGCAGAGCCAGAGAAACUGACAGCUCGGGUAUAUUGGGACCCACCCUUGGUGAAAGAUUCUGCUGAUGGUACCAUCACCAGGGUGACACUUCGGGGCCCUGAGCCUGGCUCUCACUUUCCCGAAGGAGAACAUGUGAUUCGAUAUACUGCCUACGAUCGAGCCUAUAACCGAGCCAGCUGCAAGUUCAUUGUGAAAGUACAAGUGAGACGCUGCCCAACUCUAAAACCACCACAGCAUGGCUACCUCACCUGCACCUCGGCAGGGGACAACUAUGGUGCCACCUGUGAAUAUCACUGUGAUGGAGGUUAUGAACGCCAAGGAACCCCCUCCCGGGUCUGCCAGUCCAGCCGCCAGUGGUCAGGAUCACCACCCAUCUGUGCCCCUAUGAAGAUUAAUGUCAAUGUCAACUCUGCUGCUGGCCUCCUGGAUCAGUUCUAUGAGAAACAGCGACUCCUCAUCAUCUCAGCUCCUGAUCCCUCCAACCGAUAUUAUAAAAUGCAGAUCUCAAUGCUGCAGCAAUCCACCUGUGGACUGGACCAGCGCCAUGUGACCAUCAUUGAACUGGUGGGGCGGCCACCUCAGGAGGUGGGGCGCAUCCGGGAGCAACAGCUGUCAGCCAACAUCAUCGAGGAGCUCAGGCAAUUUCAGCGCCUCACUCCCUCCUACUUCAACAUGGUAUUGAUUGACAAGCAGGGAAUUGACCGGGAACGCUACAUGGAACCUGUCACCCCCGAGGAAAUCUUCACAUUCAUUGAUGACUACCUAUUGAGCAACGAGGAGCUGAUCCAGCGCCAGGAGCAAAGGGACAUGUGCGAGUGAACUUGAGCCAGGGCACGGAUGGAGGUCAAGAGAAAACUCUCCUAGUCGGCCGAAACUGGGGUCUGAUAAAAGGCAGAGAUGGUUCCCCGCGGUUCUAGGUAUAGGACUCUGAGGUGGGUGAGAUUCACCAAUUCUGGGACAUUCCCAGGGCCCUUUGUGGGGCUGUGUAAUAGUUUCCCUAAGCAAGUCUCUGCUUUAAGUAGCACUGGAGGAGCAUACGAAGCUAGGCAGGGACUGAGGACAGGUCCUGGGCAAUGGGCUGGGGGUGAAAGUCUUCUUUUCGCAAUCUGGUCUCCUGCGCUACUCUCCAAAGUCUUCCAAGAUAAGUAAAUUCUCAAUUCAUACACCAACUGGCUGUUUGAAAUGGUUCCUCUACCCGAAGAUGACAGCAGAGGGCAGCAAAUCACAACAGAUAAGCAGGACAUGUAAGUAAGCAAGUGUAGGGGGAUUUUCCCCUACAGGUGAGCUGUAUCAUUGGAGGCACUGGGUGGGAGCUUCAAGAUCUUGAGUUUGUCCUUUGCUCUUUUAGGGGAUUGGCUUACAAAUGUGAUGUUAACCAUUGCUUCAUGUAAAAAUAAGGAAAAUGUGGCCAUGGGGGGCCGCUGAGGAAGAUGGAUCAGGCCAGAGCAGAAUGUUUGGUCCUCGCCCCUCUAGCUCGCUCAUAGGCAAAAAUCUCGUCUUACUGAGCCUCCAGUUCCCCAGCAAAAGGCAGCCAGGGCUGUCCCUUCCUCAGGGAAGCCCUCAGCUCAUGAUCUAGGCAACCUGUAAACCAUCACUCCAACCCUCUGUAGAACUAGUGGAGAAGGAAAAAAAAAAAGAUUCAGCUUCAUGUAUUAUUCAGAUCCUUUUUUUAAAAAAAAAGAUUUUUAUUUAUUUAUUUGACAGAGAAAGAAACAAGGAGAGAGGGAACGCAAGCAGGGUGAGUGGGAGAGGGAGAAGCAAGCUUCCUGCUGAGCAGGGAGCCCGAUGUGGGGCUCCGAUACCAGCAACCCUGGGAUCAUGACCUGAGCCGAAGGCAGAUGCUUAAUGACUAAGCCACCCAGUCGCCCUACUCCGAUCCUUAAAAAAGAAAUAUGAAAGAGAGAGAGAGAGAACAUAAGCAGCAGGGAGCAGCAGAGGGAGAGGGAGAAGCAGGCUCCCCACUGAGUGGGGAGCCUGAUGAGGGGCUCGAUCCCAAGACCCCAGAAUCAUGACCUAAGCCAAAGGCAGAUGCCCAACAGAUCCAUUUUAAGAGGUGAGCAGACAGCAGGUAAGAGUUGCCACAACCCCAAAUCAAGCUUUAAGAUCCAGGCCUGAAAGUAAAUUUGAGGCUGGGCCAUUUUGAAAUACAGCAACACUUUACAGUGUGUCCUUAAAUAUUUGAGAAAAGAUAUCCUUCCCGUGCUGCUGAGAACCUUCUUCUUUUUUCCCCCCUUCUUUGCAAAUUUUAUUUUAUUUAUUUUUUAUUAACAUAUAAUGUAUGAGAACUUUCUUUUUAACUCUCAUGGAACCCAGGGUCAUUUCUCCUUCGGCUUUGCCUAGGGGUCCCCAGUAGAAAAUUACAGGGGAGAAGAAAGCAAGCUGAGUGGAGAGGCAGAGCUAAUGCUUGAAUCCUCACUAUGUACUGAGUGCCAUUCUAAACACUCUAUCCACCGACUUGGAAUCUUUACAAGAACCUUCUCAAGCAGGUCCUGUGAUUAGUCCCAUUUCACAGAUGAUGAAAUUGAGGCUGAGAGCGGUUAGGCAACUCGCCUGAGAUCAGACAGCUAGUAAGUGCAAGCUGGGAUUUAAACACCAGCAGGCUGGCUCUGGAGUCCAUGUUCUUAAAUAUUAUGCUGUACUGCCCUUGCCUUUUUGACUUGUCAUUUCAAGACAGCUGACUGCUCCAAGCAAAGAUAAGGGUUUCAACUUCUCUAAGUAAUCCUACUCAGCACAAGACUUGGGAGUGGACCCAGGAGGAAAGAGGAAACUGGGAGCUCUCAACCCAAGAAAAUCCACUCUCCAAAGAAGAGGAAUGGGAUAAAAAUCAUGAGCCCAGAACAGAGAGGGUAGUAGUGAGUCAGAAAGAAGUUCUUCCCACUGCAGGCUUAGUGGAAAUCUCCUUUGUAAAAUGCAAAAUAAAAAGUGAGGCAGUGGCUGAGUGGACCAGGACAUGAAGUGAAUGAUCAAACUUGGAGCAAAAAAAGUCCCUUCUCCCUCUUCCCUCCAGGGAAGUACAGGAGCUUGGAAAGUCAAAAGACAAGUUAUGGGCAGAAGACAAAAUACAAUGAGCUAAUGUGGGAAAUCUCCGGUCAGACUAGGUCUAUGGUUCCAAAGGCAAAGAUUGCACAUUAGUCAGAAUAAAUGCCCUGCCUUGUCUUUAUCACUUAUACUUCAAGUGGCAAGCCAGGGCAUGCUAGCCAGUCAAAGGCCCAAAUGACAACAUGAAUGACAACCUGAACUGAGUUUCCACCUGGGCCUGAUAGAAAUGUUCCUCUAGCUUCGAAAACCUGAGCAGCUUUUCUUUUUAUUGAGUAGUCAGAUAGGCAAGUCAAUAUUGCUUUAUUUAGGUUAAGCCUCACUGUAACCUCUUUUGCCUUAUGAUUCAGAAAAAUUCCAGCCUCUAAAGUAGGGGGAGGGGGCGGCAGCAGAAUCAAGCUCACAGUCAGACAAGGGGGCUCGCCUCACCCCAACCUUGUUCAUAUCUGUUUUUCUCUCUCUGCCUCCCAACUACCCCCACCUCUCCAUCUCCCCAUAUAUCUAAAACACACACAUACACACACACACACACUAAUGUGCACAAGCCAUUGAGUCCAUCAGCUGGUUAGAUAACAUUCAAAGCAUCCUGAUUAUCCUACCUUGUAGACUAAACUAUUUCUUUGAGAUAUUUUAGAAAAAGAGUCAUCCCUUCCUUUGAAUCUUCACCCAUAACACAUAUAACGCCCUUGCAGAAGUAGUAUGAUACAGUGGAAUCAGACCUUGAUUCAAAGGCCCAACUCUGUCGUACGAUGGUGGACUUGACUUUCCUCUUCUAUAAAAACGGAAAUUUCUCUACUUCAUAAGGUGCUUGGAGAAAUUAAGGAAAUGACAUAUAAUGUGUCUAGCAUAAAGCUUUGUACAUAAAAAACAUUCAAUAUAUAUUGAUGUCUUUUUGCAAAAGAGGUCAAGAAUCACUUGGGCUCUCCCUCGAAACCCAGGACCUUAUUUCUGAGAUGGGUUGCUUAGCAUCUGUGUUAUUUAUUUCCCAAAACUAAAUAAUGGUAGAAGGGGUGAAGGGAAAAAGCCCUACCUCCUAGAGAUAUCGAAGGAUCCAGAAAGAAACACAGCAGAGAACAUCUUCCUUCCCCUGUGCACAGCUUUCUCCUUCUAGUGAUAGGGGGCUAGAAAGCUCAAGAAGGAGUUCCUUUGGUACUUGAGAGAGAAAGAAAAGUGGUGCCAAUUUUAAGAUGGUUUCUCAGGUCUCUCCCUAGAUACCAAACACAAAGGUCAACAGGUCAGAGCUCAGCAGAGGUAUCAGGCAGCAACAUAGGGAAAGGGAAAUUUUCUUCCAAUCAGUGCAGUGUAUGCUUAGGGAAGGUAUUUGUCUCUUUGGUUCUUUCCCAUCAAGCCACUGAACAGAAACUGCAGUAAGUGAGGACAUGAGAGAGAAAAGCCUCAGUUGAACUAACAAAUGCAAACACUUGGCAAGUGAGAAAGCUUUAUUGAAGCACAGUUACAUUUCAGGGCAUGGAGAACAAAGGAGCGAGUUACAGACGAGGAUUCCAAAUUAUGCUUUCCAUUAUAGCAUCAAGCCAUACCAAACAAACCUUUUAAAAAACAUUCCUCCAUUUGGCUCACCUAUACAGUAGAAACCACAGCAGCUGCCCUUAAUCUAAUGGCCCUUCUAGGAGAAAUCAGCAGACUCUACCAAAGGGGAUCUUUUCUCUGGUAUAGACUCCUUUCACAAACAAUUUUGUGUAGAUACACUUGCAAGGAUAAAAAGGUCCAUUUGGUACAGUGAGUUUCAGAAAAGAAACUCAGGUCACUAGACCCUUCUUAGAAAGGUCUCAACGCAUCACACCCACAUUACAUUUAGGUCACAUUUAGGAAACAACAGGAAAAAUAGAAACUGAAGUCACUUCAAGAAGGAAGUCAGAAUAACUAGGAGGUUCUCUGAACACAUUGUCUUAGAGUACUAACAGUGCCCAGUCUGGAGAAACACUGAGCCAGUUUACCUUUUUUUUUUUUUUUUUUUUAGAUUUUACUUAUUUAUUUGAGAUGAAAUGUGAGAAAGCGAGCACAAGCAGAGGGUAGGGGUAGAGGGAGAGGGAGAAGCAGGCUCCUCGCUGAGCAGGGAGGCCAAUGUGGGGCUUGAUCCCAGAACCCCCAGAUCAUGACCUGAGCCGAAGGCAGAUGCUUAACUAACUGAGCCACCCAGGCGCCCCAACACUGGGCCAGUUUAGUCAGUACUUGGCUAUUCUGACUGGCAUGAUAGUACAUAGACCAUAUUCUGUGUGGUACCACACCGUGGACACAAGCUCUCAGAAAGAUGUGGCACAUGAAGGUGAAGAUGUCUUUUAUUAAAGAAAUGAGGAGCUCUCCAACAACAGCUGUAUCUGUAUAAAAUGCAAAAAUGCAGCACAGGCCGGGAGACAUUUCACUCUCAGCCAGUCGGGUCCUAUGAGACCACCGAGAAGUCAUUUGGGGCAUGUCCAUGACUCAGUCACUAACUAACUAAAGUGUUCUUUUUUUUUUCUAAAGCAGCUCCAUUUUAAGGGUCUGUUAAAGGUCUAGUGAAGAUGUCUGGAGCUGGAAGGAACUUGGGAAUUUUCUUAGCAUUUCAAGGGAAACCAUGAGACCCAAGUGCUACAAAAACUGCUUAAGAACAAGAAGAGUUAAAAGCCAAGUUCCAGAAAUUUAUCAAGGUAAAAAUGGAGUUAAAAACAGAAAUUUGAAAGGAAGGGGGCAGACCUGCUCACCUCUCUCCCAUCUUCUCUUACCUUUAGUAACCCAACCCUGCUUCCCAGAGCCUUGGCCUCAGCCCAGGCACACCUUCCAACACAGACCUGUAUGAAUGCCAAAGGUAGCCAGAGCUUCCUGGGGAAGGAGGAAAAGCAAGACAGGGGAUUUUU